AUGAAGUUGAAGGACGUUAAGUUGCGAUAUUCCUACAUAGUUUGCGCUGUCCCCAUUCCAGUCCUCAUUGGCUGUGUCCUCUACACAAUCUACGAAAAUCCCGUCGGUCUUGAUCGAACGCACUGUGCAAUCCCCAACUACAUUCCCUCUGUUAGUGCUGCUACAGGCGUGGGCUAUCGCAAGUUCUUUUGGACUGCAUCUAUCAGCUCAAGUUGUAUAAUGCGACUGUUUCUUCACACUGCUUAUCACCAUGCAGUUGGGGAUCUCUUAGCUUCUGCAAGUUUUAUGAAUAAAGACUGCUCCUUACUGUGCCACUCCUGUAUCCACUUUACUGAAAUCCUGGGCCUUUUAUUGCUCACUAUCUUCUCCUCCACAGAAAACUUCCCUAUUCACAGAAAUGGCUUCGGUCUCUUUGUCUCAUCAUCCAUUAUCUACGGAAUCACUGAUCUAUACUUACUCUGGCGGUUGAGAAAUUUACGAACUUUUGACAAUUCUGUGCAAAAAACACUACAUCGGAAACGCUGGACCUACAUUGUCAUGUUCACCUCCGUCUUCCUAGCUAUGCUCUUCUACUUUUUACACUCUACUUCUUGUGCUCAUACAAUUUACUCUCUGUUUGGCCUUUCGGAGUUGGUUUUUAUCUUCGCUAACACCUACUACCACUUCCGGGCAGUUGAUAUCAUUGGAGAUGUUUCGUGCUCCAAUCUCUUCACCUCCAGCCGCCUGCAUUUUCCUUCCCCUCGGAAGACCCUUCCCUAUGGCCUGGAUAUCUGA